AUGGAUUCAAAUAUGAGCAACCAGGCUGAUAUACUCAUAUCAAAUGACGUUGAUUCUAAAUUAGAAACGACUAUAAAAGAAAAACCUUAUGUGCAAAAGCCAAAUCAAACUGUAGAAAGUGAAAAUUCGCUUGAAGAAAAUACUGAAAGAUUAAAUCGAUUAAACUUUUACCUUAAAAAUAUAACGACUUAUAUGAAUUACAUGCAGGUUUUUAUUUCGAUUGUAACAAAGUUUCCACUAAUUCAAUUGAACACAACUGAUAAGUCACCAAGAAUUAAAUAUUUAUGUGUAGCUGAUACAUCAAUAUCACCGAAUGAACAACUGGUUUCAAUACAACUUAGCUUUGAAAACAAAGUUAAUUUUAAGCACAAAUUUCUGAAUAAUCUUUUUCCUGAUUUGAAACUAUCAGAUUACUUACUCAUUGCAAAUGGUGACCUUUUUAAUGAGGAAAUUAAAUCUUUAUCUCAAGAAAGAUACAUUGAAUCAUCAGUUCGUUCAUCUAAAAAACAAAAAUCAUUAUUCAAAGAUUAUUAUCGUAAAAAACAGCAGGAAGCCGCCUCGAAUGCAUUGAAGCAGCCAUCACUUGCUAAUGCCGUUGCUGUCAUAAAAGAUACCUUUCCAUUUGAGUAUCUGACUUUUGGAAAUCAAAUGAGAGGUAAUAUUGAAUAUGAACUCCAACAGAUUGAAAAGCAAAAACAAAUUGAAUAUAAACCAGUGUAUGAUUCAACAUCAUUUAAAAUUCCUGAAGAACAUCGAAACAAAAUAAAGGAAUGGUUGGAGUAUGAUUUUCGCAUGCGUACUGAAGGAAAUAUUACUCGAUCAAGAUGCUUAUUCUUGAUUGGACCAACUCAACAUGGCAAAACAUCGUGGGCACGAAGCUCAGGACCACAUCGUAGCUUCUCCAUUAAUUUCUCUCUUCGAGAAUGGCAUAAAGAUGUGAAAUACACCAUAUUAGAUGAUACUAGUUGGAAAGAUAUUAGUCCAAUAGCUAAAGGUCUCUUGAUUGCUCCUGGUAAAAUAAUUCUUACAGAUAAAUAUAUGACUAAAAUCGAGCUCGACAACAAUAAACCAUGUAUCGCUUGCGUCAAUGAUAAGGAAGGAGAUAUAAUAUUAAACUCUGAUACAGAUAAUUAUUGGUAA